GUUUUUGUACGACACUUCCGGUGUCUGAGUUUUUCCCCGGGAAAACGAUUUGGCGCGGAAUCCGUUGUUGUUCCUACGGUGUCCCUGUGAACAUUUCCGAACGCAAUGGCGCCGGUUUCUAAUCCGGAUAAAGAUGCAGACGGCGGGGAUCUCGAUGAUGGAGCCACAUGUGGUCUCGCUGCAUCUCGCUCGAGACGAGAAAAGAAAGAGAAAGCGGGCCGUAAAUCUGCCUUGGAGCAGCUCAAAAAAGCCAAGAAGGGAGAAAAGGUGAAAUACGAGGUGAAGGAGAUCGAGAGUGUGUACGAGGAGGUGGACGAGGAUCAGUACUCACGGAUGGUCCGGGAGAGACAGGACGAUGACUGGAUCAUCGAUGAUGGAACAGGUUAUGUAGAAGAUGGCAGGGAGAUCUUUGAUGAAGAUCUGGAGAAUACAGCUUCGGAUAAAAGCGCUAAAAACAACUCCGGUGCUAAAGGCAUAGAAGGUAGGAACGGCAAGAGAUCAUCUGUGACUAAACCCAACAGCAUCAAGAGCAUGUUCAUGAACAGCAAUGUGAAAAAACCUGCCGAGAAAAAUGUAGACCUGUCUAAAGAUGAUCUGCUGGGAGACAUUUUGGAGGAUCUGCACUCCGAGAAAUCGGUUCUUCUCACUCCACCUCCUGUCAUCACCCUGAAGAAAAAGAAAGCCCUGGGGUCACCCAUGAACCCUUUCUCCGUCCAAACACAAACCCCCAAGGAGUCACCUGUAGCUCCGGCGUCAAAGCCCAAGCAUGCUGUGAUUCGCCCGCCUCCGUCUGAUCUCGCACUUAAACCUGCGUCUAAACCCGAGUCUAAACCUGCCUCGUCCAUCCACCCCCAGAAACCAAAAGUAGAGGAACAUGAGGAAGCGUGCGACUCGUUAGAUUUUGACGAGGUGGACUUUGAUGAGCCGAUGGAGCUGGAGAACGAGCAGCAGGAGGAAACGCAGGUUAAAGCCGAGACUAAGACCGAGACGACGCCCGGUGUUAAAAUAGAACCAAAAACCGAACCGGCAGAUGAGGUGUUGAUAUCAGGCAUGGUGGGUGGCUCCUGCUGGGAGAAGAUGGAGAAGACGGAGGUUGAUGAAUCUCCCAUGGAGGUGCAGGUGGACUCCAGUCAGCUGCCGAUGGUGGAAGGAGCCGAUGGAGAAAUGGUGUUGCGCUUUUAUUGGCUGGAUGCUUUCGAGGAUCAGUUCAACCAACCAGGUGUGGUGUACCUGUUCGGGAAGGUGUGGAUCGAGUCGGCUAAAGCCCACGUCAGCUGCUGUGUGGCCGUGAAAAACAUCGAGAGGACCAUGCACUUCUUUCCGAGAGAACGCAAGGUAAACCUGGCGACAGGUGAGGAGACGGACAUUCCUGUUGGGAUGAUGGACGUCUACCAGGAGUUUAACAGCCUCUCGGAGAAAUACAAAAUAAUGAAGUUCAAAUCCAAGAAAGUGGAGAAGAACUACGCGUUCGAGAUUCCUGACGUACCGUCACAGUGCGAGUACCUGGAAGUGCGAUACUCCGCUGAGAUGCCCCAGCUUCCGUCCGAUCUCAAAGGCUCCACCUUCUCGCAUGUGUUUGGUACGAAUACCUCCAGCUUGGAGCACUUCCUCCUCAGCAGGAAGAUACGAGGACCCUGCUGGCUUGACAUCAAGACCCCUCAGCUGUGCAGUCAGCCAAUGAGUUGGUGUAAAGUGGAGGCCAUUGCUCUGAAAAGUGACCUGAUCUCCGUGAUGAAGGACCUACCUCCGCCUCCUCUUGUCGUCAUGUCCAUCAGCCUGAAGACGGUUCCCAAUCCCAAGACCCACCACAACGAGAUCGUGUCUCUGGCUGCUCUGAUUCAUUACAAGUUUCCUCUGGACAAGGCGCCUCCACGCGUCCCUUAUCAGGACCAUUUCUGUGUGGUGAACAAACCUACAGACUGUAUUUACCCCUACGACUUCAAGGACGCAGUUAAAAAGAAGAAUGGGAUUGUCGAGAUCGCAGCGACAGAACGAACUCUUCUGGGCUUCUUCUUGGCCAAAUUACACAAGAUCGAUCCUGACGUUUUGGUGGGUCACGAUAUCUUGGGUUUUGACCUGGAAGUGCUUCUUCAGAGAAUCAAUACAUGCAAGGUGCCUUUCUGGUCCAAGAUCGGGCGACUGAGGCGGGCCAACAUGCCCAAACUCGGGGGCCGAGGCCGGUUUGCGGAGAAGAGCGCCGCCUGUGGCCGGCUCGUGUGCGACGUCGAGAUCUCUGCUAAGGAGCUCAUUCGGUGUAAGAGUUACCACCUGACUGAGCUGGCGGCACAGAUCCUGAAGGCCGACCGAGCCGUGGUGCCUACAGAGAACAUCAGGAACUUCUACAGUGACUCUCCUCACCUGCUGUACCUUUUGGAACUCACCUGGAUGGAUGCCAAGCUCAUUUUGCAGAUCAUGUGUGAGCUGAAUGUGCUUCCUCUGGCACUUCAGAUCACCAACAUCGCCGGAAACGUCCUGUCUCGGACGCUGAUGGGCGGACGCUCAGAGAGGAACGAGUACCUGCUGCUUCAUGCCUUCCACGAGAAGAACUACAUUGUUCCAGACAAGCAGUUUAUGAAGAAACCUCAGCACGAGCCUGGUGAGGAUGAUGAUGUAGAUGCAGGCAAGAGCAAGUCUGGAACAGUGAGGAAGAAGGCUGCAUAUGCUGGAGGUCUGGUGCUGGAACCUAAAAUUGGUUUUUAUGAUAAGUUCAUUCUGCUGCUGGACUUCAACAGUCUGUACCCCUCCAUCAUUCAGGAGUUUAACAUCUGUUUCACUACAGUUCAGCGGGAGGCAUCCAGCUCCCGUAAAAAGACUGAGGACGAGGGUGCUGACGAGAUUCCAGAGCUUCCCGACCCAGAUCUGGAGAUGGGCAUUCUUCCGAGGGAGAUCCGUAAGCUGGUGGAGCGCAGACGGCAGGUCAAACAGCUGAUGAAGCAGCCGGAUCUGAACUCUGACCUUUACCUGCAGUAUGAUAUCAGACAGAAAGCUCUGAAACUCACCGCUAACAGCAUGUACGGCUGUCUGGGCUUCUCCUACAGUCGCUUCUAUGCCAAACCUCUGGCUGCUCUCGUCACACACAAAGGCAGAGAGAUCCUGAUGCACACCAAAGACAUGGUUCAGAAGAUGAACUUAGAUGUGAUUUAUGGAGACACCGACUCCAUCAUGAUCAACACCAACAGCUCCAACCUGGACGAGGUCUUCAAACUGGGCAACAAGGUGAAGAACGAAGUGAAUAAACUGUACCGUCUGCUGGAGCUCGAUAUUGACGGUGUGUUUAAGUCCCUGCUGCUGCUGAAGAAGAAGAAAUACGCUGCUCUGAUGGUGGAGCCACAGGGAGAAGGUCGAUAUACCACCAAGCAGGAGCUGAAAGGCCUGGACAUCGUGCGUAGGGACUGGUGCGACCUCGCCAAGGAGUGCGGCAACUACGUGAUUGGACAGAUUUUGUCUGACCAGAACCGGGACACCAUUCUGGAGAACAUCCAGCAGCAUCUGAUGGAGGUUGGUGAAAAGGUGGCCCAAGGCAGCGUCCCUCUCACCAUGUUCGAGAUCCACAAGGCCCUGACGAAGGACCCUCAGGACUACCCUGAUAAGAAGAGUCUCCCUCAUGUUCAUGUGGCUCUGUGGAUCAACUCUCAAGGAGGACGCAAGGUCAAAGCCGGAGACACCGUGUCCUACAUCAUCUGCCAGGAUGGUUCAAACCUGGCAGCCAGCCAGAGGGCGUACGCUCCAGAGCAGCUCCAGAAGCAGCCGGGUCUGAACCUGGACACGCAGUACUACCUCUCGCAGCAGGUCCACCCCGUGGUGGGACGCAUCUGUGAGCCCAUCGAGGGGAUCGACGCCGUCCUGAUCGCCUCAUGGCUGGGGUUGGACCCUGGGCAGUUCAGGGCUCAGCAGAGGCAGCAACGUGAGGAGGAGUCAGACGGGUUCCUUGGAGUCCCGGCUCAGCUGACAGAUGAAGAACGUUACCGGGACUGUGAGAGGUUCUCCUUCACCUGCCCCGAGUGUGGAACGGAAAACAUCUAUGACAGCGUGUUCGAGGGGACGGGGAAUGUCAUGGAACCAGGUCUGCUGCGUUGCUGUCACGUCCCCUGUAAUGCGAGCCCACUACAUCACACCGUUCAAAUCAGCAACAAGCUGCUCCUGGACAUCCGGAGACACGUCCGCAAAUACUGCAGCGGAUGGCUGCAGUGUGAGGACCAGGCAUGUGGAACCCGGACACGUCGUCUCCCUGUUGCGUUCUCGCGUUCAGGACCGAUCUGUCCCGUCUGCUGCAAGUCCACGCUCAAACCCGAGUAUUCGGAGAAGGCGCUCUACAACCAGCUGAGCUUCUACAGGUUCAUCUUCGACUGGGAGCACGCCACCACCAAGCUCCUGCAGGGGGAAGAGAAAACGAAAUUCAGGAAACUCUUUCACGAAGAGAAGGAAGUGUAUAAGAAGCUGAAGAUGGUGGUGGACCGUGUCCUGGCGUCCAGCAGCUACUCCGAGGUCAACCUCGCCAAACUCUUCCAGGCUUUUACGUCUUUAAAGUAACGUUUUAUCAGUGAAACGUCUUUUCGGGGGUUGCUGUUGUUGUUGUUUUUUUAAACCAGGAUUAGUUUAUGUACAAGUGUAAUGUCAGAUUUGUUCCUUGUUGGACUGUAGCUCUUACCAUAUUUCACCGGUGUUGCUGGCGGUCAUGGUGAUUGCGUCGCUUGUCGAGAGCUUCCUUGAUUGGCUCCUUCUCACUCAGUGUCUUUCAUCAUGCCCAUUUAGCCCGGUCUUAAUCGAUUCCAAUUCAGUGGUAAAAAAAAUGAAGUCGAAUAUGAAGAGAGUCUAAAGACUCAUAAAAACACCAGUACCUUCAACACAACACAACCUCCCUCAAUCCUCAUCCUCCUCCUCGUCCCACCACGCACAACGAGGGAACAAUCAGGGGUAAUAACUUCUCUCCACCACCACUGGGUCUCGACACCGUAGCAAUUAGCCCAUGAUACCGACCCGGCCGCGUGACCGGAGGAGCUGGGAGGACUAGAUCGGACGCUAAUCUUUUGGACGUUAUUUCUUCUCUCUUUGACUUUAUUUCCAUGUUGAUUGUGUUAUCUGAUCUAAAUCAAAUGUUCUGUUUUUAUACUGCAAGUUUAAUAAAGUGAUAACGAAGAAGUCA